GAGACCGGGCCAGACACGUAGGCAGGUUUACCUGAGGAAGUACCGUAGGCGCUGAGAUCUGAAAGGAUCAUGGGCCAGAAGACUGUCGAUCGUGCGUUACAGGCAGUGUGCCUGGCACAGGCAAGGCUGGGCAUAGGCGAGCAAGGCUGGGCACCUGGAGAAGGAAGGAAGGAAGGAGCGGAGGCCCCGGUGCCCUGCCCUCAGUGCUGAUUGUCCAGCAAGAGUGACUGACGUGAGCAAACAGAGACCUGGUAGAUUGUCCUGGGCUGUGGCUGGCUGUGGUGCUGGAGCCCUGGGUGGCCCCUGAGCCAGUCCCAGGGAGGAUGAUGAUGCCCCUUGUGCCUGCACUUGUGAUGCUUGGUUUGGUGGCAGGAGCCCAUGGUGACAGCAAACCUGUCUUCGUUAAGGUCCCUGAGGACCAAACUGGGCUGUCAGGAGGGGUGGCGUCCUUCGUGUGCCAAGCUACAGGGGAGCCCAAGCCACGCAUCACAUGGAUGAAGAAGGGGAAGAAAGUCAGCUCCCAGCGCUUCGAGGUAAUUGAGUUUGACGAUGGGGCAGGGUCUGUGCUGCGGAUCCAGCCUUUGCGGGUACAGCGGGACGAAGCCAUCUACGAGUGCACAGCCACCAACAGUCUGGGCGAGAUCAACACCAGUGCCAAGCUCUCGGUGCUCGAAGAGGACCAGCUGCCCCCCGGGUUCCCCUCCAUCGACAUGGGGCCUCAGCUGAAAGUGGUGGAGAAGGCGCGCACAGCCACGAUGCUGUGUGCAGCAGGCGGGAAUCCGGACCCUGAGAUCUCCUGGUUCAAGGAUUUCCUCCCUGUGGACCCCGCCACGAGCAACGGCCGCAUCAAACAGCUGCGUUCAGGGGCCUUGCAGAUUGAGAGCAGUGAGGAGUCGGACCAAGGCAAGUACGAAUGUGUGGCGACCAACUCCGCGGGCACACGCUACUCGGCCCCCGCCAACCUGUACGUUCGAGAUCAGCGAGAAGUGCGCCGUGUGGCUCCUCGUUUCUCCAUCCCUCCCAGCAGUCAGGAGGUGAUGCCGGGCGGCAGCGUGAACCUGACGUGCGUGGCCGUGGGCGCACCCAUGCCCUACGUGAAGUGGAUGAUGGGGGCCGAGGAGCUCACCAAGGAAGACGAGAUGCCAGUGGGCCGCAACGUGCUGGAGCUCAGCAACGUGGUGCGCUCCGCCAAUUACACCUGCGUGGCCAUCUCCUCGCUGGGCAUGAUCGAGGCCACGGCCCAGGUCACGGUCAAAGCUCUACCAAAGCCUCCAAUCGACCUUGUGGUCACAGAGACGACGGCCACCAGCGUCACCCUGACCUGGGACUCUGGGAAUUCAGAGCCUGUGUCCUACUACGGCAUCCAGUACCGGGCUGCAGGCACGGAGGGCCCCUUCCAGGAGGUGGACGGCGUGGCCACCACCCGCUACAGCAUCGGCGGCCUCAGCCCGUUCUCGGAGUACGCCUUCCGCGUGCUGGCGGUCAACAGCAUUGGGCGCGGACCCCCCAGCGAGGCGGUGCGGGCGCGCACCGGGGAGCAGGCGCCCUCCAGCCCCCCUCGCCGCGUCCAGGCACGCAUGCUGAGCGCCAGCACCAUGCUGGUGCAGUGGGAGCCGCCCGAGGAGCCCAAUGGGCUGGUGCGGGGGUACCGCGUCUACUACACGCCUGACGCCCGCCGGCCGCUGAGUGCCUGGCACAAGCACAACACGGACGCCGGGCUCCUCACCACCGUGGGCAGCCUGCUGCCCGGCAUCACCUACAGUCUGCGCGUCCUGGCCUUCACCGCUGUGGGGGACGGCCCACCCAGCCCCGCCAUCCAGGUCAAGACGCAGCAGGGAGUGCCCGCCCAGCCCACGGACUUCCAGGCCGAGGCCGAGUCGGACACCAGGAUCCAGCUCUCGUGGCUGCUGCCUCCGCAGGAGCGGAUCGUCAAGUAUGAGCUGGUGUACUGGGUCGCAGAGGACGAGGACCAGCAGCACAAGGUGACCUUCGACCCCACCUCCUCCUACACCCUAGAGGACCUGAAGCCUGAUACGCUGUACCACUUCCAGCUGGCUGCCCGCUCGGACAUGGGGGUGGGGGUCUUCACCCCCACCAUUGAGGCCCGCACGGCACAGUCCAUGCCCAGCGGGCCACCGCGGAAGGUGGAGGUAGAGCCGGUGAACUCCACUGCGGUGCGCGUCUCCUGGAAGCUACCUGUCCCCAGUAAGCAGCAUGGCCAGAUCCGUGGCUACCAGGUCACCUACGUGCGGCUAGAGAAUGGCGAGCCCCGUGGCGCACCCAUCAUCCAGGACGUCAUGCUGGCCGAGGCCCAGUGGCAGCCAGAGGAGUCCGAGGACUAUGAAACCACCAUCAGCGGCCUGACGCCAGAGACCACCUACUCCAUCACCGUCGCCGCCUACACCACCAAAGGGGACGGUGCCCGAAGCAAGCCCAAGAUUGUCACGACGACUGGGGCAGUCCCAGGCCGGCCUACCAUGAUGGUCAGCACCACAGCCAUGAACACGGCGCUGCUCCAGUGGCACCCACCCAAGGAGCUGCCCGGCGAGCUGGUGGGCUACCGGCUGCAGUACCGCCGGGCGGAUGAGGCGCGGCCCAACACCAUAGAUUUUGGCAAGGAUGACCAGCAUUUCACAGUCACCGGCCUGCACAAGGGGGCCACCUACAUCUUCCGGCUUGCUGCCAAGAACCGGGCUGGCCCAGGAGAAGAGUUCGAGAAGGAGAUCACAACCCCCGAGGACACGCCCAGUGGCUUCCCCCAAAACCUGCAGGUGGUAGGGCUGACCACAACCACCACAGAGCUGACCUGGGACCCCCCAGUGCUGGCGGAGAGGAACGGGCGCAUCAUCACCUACACCGUGGUGUACCGCGACAUCAAUAGCCAGCAGGAGCUGCACAAUGUCACUGCCGACACCCGCUUCACACUCUCCGGCCUCAAGCCGGACACCACGUACGACGUCAAGGUCCGCGCGCACACCAGCAAAGGCGCCGGCCCGCUCAGCCCCAGCAUCCAGUCCCGGACCAUGCCCGUGGUGCAAGUAUUCGCCAAGAACUUCCGUGUGGCUGCCGCGAUGAAGACAUCCGUGCUGCUCAGCUGGGAGGUGCCUGACUCCUACAAGUCGACUGUACCCUUCAAGAUCCUGUACAACGGACAGAGCGUGGAGGUGGACGGGCACUCCAUGCGGAAGCUGAUCGCAGACCUGCAGCCGAACACAGAGUACUCGUUCGUGCUCAUGAACCGUGGCAGCAGCGCGGGGGGCCUGCAGCACCUGGUGUCCAUCCGCACGGCCCCCGACCUCCUGACACAGAAGCCGAUGCCGGCCUCUGCCUACAUCGAGGAUGGGCGCUUCACACUGUCCAUGCCCCACGUGCAGGACCCCUCACUCAUCCGGUGGUUCUACAUCGUGGUGGUGCCCAUUGACCGUGUGGCUGGGAGGAUCCUGACAUCCCCAUGGAACACCCCCGACGAGCUGGAGCUGGACGAGCUUUUGGAGGCCAUCGAGCAGGGCAGUGGAGAGGGGAGGCGGCGGCGGCGGCGGCAGACAGAGCGGCUGAAGCCAUACGUGGCCGCUCAGGUGGACGUGCUCCCUGAGACCUUCACCCUCGGGGACAAGAAGAACUACCAGGGUUUCUACAACCGGCCCCUCUCUCCGGACCUGAGCUACCAGUGCUUCGUGCUCGCCUCCCUCAAGGAACCUGUGGAUCAGAAGCGCUAUGCCUCGAGCCCUUACUCCGAUGAGAUCGUGGUCCAGGUGACAACAGCCCAGCAGCAGGAGGAGCCCGAGAUGCUGUGGGUGACCGGCCCCGUCCUGGCGGUCAUCCUCAUCAUCCUCAUCGUAAUUGCCAUCCUCCUGUUCAAGAGGAAAAGGACCCACUCCCCGUCAUCCAAGGACGAGCAGUCGAUCGGACUGAAGGACUCCCUGCUGGCCCACUCCUCUGACCCCGUGGAGAUGCGGAGGCUCAACUACCAGACACCAGGUAUGCGAGACCACCCACCCAUCCCCAUCACCGACCUGGCAGACAACAUCGAGCGCCUCAAAGCCAACGAUGGCCUCAAGUUCUCCCAGGAAUACGAGUCCAUUGACCCUGGACAACAGUUCACGUGGGAGAAUUCCAACCUGGAGGUGAACAAGCCCAAGAACCGCUACGCCAACGUCAUCGCCUACGACCACUCGCGGGUCAUCCUCACCUCCAUUGAUGGUGUCCCGGGGAGUGAUUACAUCAACGCCAACUACAUCGACGGCUACCGCAAGCAGAACGCCUACAUCGCCACGCAGGGCCCACUGCCCGAGACCAUGGGCGAUUUCUGGCGGAUGGUGUGGGAGCAGCGCACAGCCACCGUGGUCAUGAUGACGCGGCUGGAGGAGAAGUCCCGGGUGAAGUGCGACCAGUACUGGCCACCCCGUGGCACGGAGACCUACGGCCUCAUUCAGGUGACCCUGCUGGACACAGUGGAGCUGGCCACAUACACCAUGCGCACCUUCGCGCUCCACAAGAGUGGCUCCAGUGAGAAGCGGGAGCUACGUCAGUUCCAGUUCAUGGCCUGGCCAGACCACGGGGUUCCCGAGUACCCAACCCCCAUCCUGGCCUUCCUCCGGCGAGUCAAGACCUGCAACCCACUAGAUGCGGGGCCCAUGGUGGUGCACUGCAGUGCGGGCGUGGGCCGCACAGGCUGCUUCGUCGUCAUCGACGCCAUGCUGGAGCGGAUGAAGCACGAGAAGACUGUGGACAUCUACGGCCAUGUGACGUGCAUGAGAUCGCAGAGGAACUACAUGGUGCAGACCGAGGACCAGUAUGUAUUCAUCCACGAGGCGCUGCUGGAGGCCGCCACGUGUGGACACACGGAGGUGCCCGCCCGCAACCUCUACGCCCACAUCCAGAAGCUGGGCCAAGUGCCUCCGGGGGAGAGUGUGACGUCCAUGGAACUCGAGUUCAAGUUGCUGGCCAGCUCCAAGGCCCAUACAUCCCGCUUCAUCAGUGCCAACCUACCCUGCAACAAGUUCAAGAACCGCCUGGUGAACAUCAUGCCCUACGAAUUGACCCGGGUGUGUCUGCAGCCCAUCCGCGGUGUGGAGGGUUCCGACUACAUCAAUGCCAGCUUCCUGGACGGCUAUAGGCAGCAGAAGGCCUACAUAGCCACGCAGGGGCCUCUGGCGGAGAGCACCGAGGACUUCUGGCGCAUGCUCUGGGAGCACAACUCCACCAUCAUCGUCAUGCUGACCAGACUUCGGGAGAUGGGCAGGGAGAAAUGCCACCAGUACUGGCCAGCAGAGCGCUCUGCUCGCUACCAGUACUUUGUUGUUGACCCGAUGGCAGAGUACAACAUGCCCCAGUAUAUCCUGCGUGAGUUCAAGGUCACCGACGCCCGGGAUGGGCAGUCCAGGACAAUCCGGCAGUUCCAGUUCACGGACUGGCCGGAGCAGGGUGUACCCAAGACAGGAGAGGGCUUCAUCGACUUCAUCGGGCAGGUGCACAAGACCAAGGAGCAGUUUGGACAAGACGGACCCAUCACGGUGCACUGCAGUGCUGGCGUGGGCCGCACCGGGGUGUUCAUCACCUUGAGCAUUGUCCUGGAGCGGAUGCGCUACGAGGGCGUGGUGGACAUGUUCCAGACCGUGAAGACGCUGCGCACACAGCGCCCCGCCAUGGUGCAGACGGAGGACCAGUAUCAGCUGUGCUACCGCGCGGCCCUGGAGUACCUCGGCAGCUUUGACCACUAUGCAACGUAACUACCGCUCCCCUCUCCUCCGCGGCCCCUGCCCGGGGGCUCCGGAGGGGACCCAGCUCCUCUGAGCCAUACCGACCAUCGUCCAGCCCUCCUGCACGGACGCUGUUGCUGGCACAGCACAGCCCACUGGGAUCACAGUGUUUCAGGAACAUCGCCACACCACACGGAGAGCCCAGAAGGUCCCGGGCGAGCGGGCAGGCUGCAGGCAGACGCGUGCCUGUCUCUGCACACAGGGCCCCCCCCACCCCCGGCCGCUUCAAGCUCUCUGUCCCGCUGCCGCGUUUCUCAUGCUUCUUCUCAUGGGGUGGGGAGGGGGCAAAGCCUCCUUUUUUAUACAGUAGGUGGGGUAGACUGAGGGGUUCUCACCUCUUCCCUCUGAUCUUUCCUUUUGCAAAUCUGUAACUGCAGAGUGGGCCUCUGGGGGUUGGGGUUUAGUUGGUUUUCUCUUUUUGAGUUGACUUCGGAUCCUUUUUUUGUACGACUUUAUUGCUGAAGGACACAGAACAUGCCUCCUCACAUGCGUGGAACUGGGGCCGCAGCCCAAGCGGAGGCCUCACUGGUCAGCUGUUCAGACAAGAUCCUCUUUCAGCCAAAUGCAGGGAACCACAAGGUUUUUUUUUUAAGUUUUGAUUUGUUUUUCCUUACAAGACUUUUUUUAGGCCCCACAGACAGUGGUGGGCGGGGAGGAGAUAGGAAACACUCAUCUCCAGUUGUCUGUUCCAGUGUGUGUUUAACAUUCACAGCCCAGAACCACAGGCGUGGCCGGGGGGGGGGCCUGGCGAGGCGUUCCUCAUCACCAUAGUGUUUGCAAAGAUCGAAAAAAGCAAAGACAAAAAAACAAACAAAAAAAUCCACAAAAGAAAAAAAAGAAAAAGAAAAACAAGUCAUCUGCAGCCUCUGCCCCGGCCCCACCGAGAGGGGGCGCGGCUCCAAGUGCCUGGGGGUCCCAAGGGAGAUGCCAGCUGACCUCUGUCCCCAGCACUGCAGUACGGCGUGGCGUUGGAAGGUCGUGGGUCUGGUCACGCGGCCCAGGUGGUUGGCACAGGUCAGGGCGCCGUGCCCUGCACACCUCAGGACCAAGCAGGGGCGAGGCUGGCCCUUCAGGUCCAGGCCAGUGGGCCUGGAAGCACAUGUCUGUCCUCGGAACAGAGGACAGGUGAUUUCCCUCCCUGGUUUGCAGCUGUUUCAAAGCCCCUAAGAAUCGCUCUUUUCCACUCCUUCGAGAUGCCCUCAUAGACCAAUGUGGCAAGACUACUGGAUUUCCGUCAAUGGUACUAUACUCAACCCUUAUUAUCUCGGCUUGCUGAGGGGCAGGGAGAGGGCCUCGUCCUCUGGGCAGUACUAUCUAGGUAGGUAAGAGGGGGCGGGGAAGGGUGCAUAGCUGUUUUAGCCCAGGGACGCCACGCAGGCGUCCCCAGAUCUAGCUAGGCUCAGUCAAGAUCAACAAUCCAGGGUUGGUAAUGUUGGAUGAAACAUUCAUUUUUACCUUGUGGAUGCUAGUGCUGUAGAGUUCACUGUUGUACACAGUCUGUUUUCUAUUUGUUAAGAAAACUACAGCAUCAUUGCAUAAUUCUUGAUGGUAAUAAAUUUGAAUAAUCAGAUUUCUUACAAA